AUGGGGUACCGCGACGCGCGCAUUGCCACCGAACAGCAAGCGUUGAGGAAAGCCCGGGCGCUGGGGUUGUUUGUGUCGGAGAAAAUCGUGGUGCCGUUGACAAGGGCGUCCGUGGAGGCCAUGGAGAUGACGCAGUGGCUUCAAGGGGAGGAAGCGGAAAGCCAAUCAAUUGAAGAUACGGACGCGAACCCCAGUGACAGCGCCCGUCGCCGCCUCGUCCGCCUCAUGGAAGACGCGGCGUGGCGACUGGAUGGGCAGCAUUCUCUGUGCUUCUGGGGCUGCCGUCUGUGGAGUUUAGUGGGGAGUCAAAAGAACGACCACGAGCACGACGAAUGCAAAAGGCGGUACGUGCAAAAAGGCAACCACAGCCAUUCAUUUGGCAUACUGAUGGUGUGUCGGCUGGGCUGCCCCGUCGUGCACGAAGCGUUUCAGUGGCAGCAAUCCCACGGCGGCGACCACACAGAACUCGAGUGGCAUGAACUGUACGAGUGCAACUCAAGACUCAUCAAGUGUCCGCGGGACUGUGGCGCGUGGGUGCCCAACGACGCCCUGCAGCACCACACCGAUUUUACGUGCGUCAAGCGGCCAGUACCCGACUUGGAGUGUCGCGUCGGCUGCGGCAAGGUGUUUAACGGCGCCAACAAUCGCAUCUUGGAGCUCGAACAAGAGCGCAAAUGGCACGAAAUGGAAGCGUGUCCAGAUCGCAUCGUCGUCUGCGCGUGGCCAGGAUGCCAAGAGGCCAUGAAGGCCAAAGACCGACCACUGCACCGCAAGAGCCAUCUCUGCGCAUCGGGCAUCACGACGUUCAAAACGAACGGGUCGUUCAACUUUGUCGUGCCCAAGGAUUGCAAACACAUCAAAGUGCAAGCAUGGGGUGCGGGGGGGGGCAGCGGGGUCCUGCACGGGUACAAGUUUGGGCACGGCGGGGGCGGCGCGUUCGUCGAGGCCAUCUGUCCCGUGCACCCGGGCGAAACGUUGAUGGUUGUGGUGGGCGAAGGCGGGCAUGGUGGGGUGUUCGGUCAAAUCAAUCCAAGCCAAACGCUGGACGGACUGCCUCUCGUGUCCCAAGUUGGCCAGGCCUUUGGUGGGUUGCCUGGGGGUGGGUCUGGCCAUAGCAGCAACAACGGAUGGGCGUGUGGCGGCGGUGGAGGGUACACGAGCAUUUGUCGAAAGGGGCCAUUUGGCAUCCAGACCCUGUUGCUCGUGGGGGGCGGUGGGGGCGGCGGAUGUCGGGCGGGACUUGGAGGGGGGGACGACCAGCCCAUCGACGAAUCGGUCAAAGUCGACGCGCGAAACGGGGGUAUGGGCAGUACGCCGCUCCAAGGCGGGUCCCCUGGCCAAGUGAGUACCCCGAAUCCGGCGUUUGGUGCCACGGGCGGCCAAUUGUACCAAGGCGGCAGCGGGGCCGAAUUUGGAGGGGGUGGCGGUGGCGGGUACUUUGGAGGCGGCGGGGGCGGGUUUUCACCUGGCAUUGUCGGGGGUGGAGGCGGGGGCUCGACGCUGGUAGAUCGAUCGCUUGUGGAGAACGUCGUGGUGGAAAAAGCCGACAAGCGGGUCCCGGGGGGGGUAGACAGGCACCCUCCGGCACCGACGGACGACGACGACUGCGGUGGUGUGUCGGGCGAAGGGGGUCUGGGGACGCUGCGGGGCGUGUGUGCUGGCAACGACGGGUGUGUUCGGGUGGCGUUGCCUGGGUUUUACAGCAACAUGGACUUUGAUACGUCCGUCCACCCGUCGACUUAG